GGAGGAUUUUCAGUUUAGCACACUUUGGCGUUUUCGAGUCCCACAAAAGAAUAGACAAGCAACCGGUGGAGACUAAAACAAGAGCAAAACUUGAACAUUGAAACAUUCUAACAAAGGGUCAUCGCGAUAUUGUCAGUUCUUGUGGGAAAGGAUUGUAUUUAAAGAGACACGUACACACAUUCGGAGGAGUUAGGAAACAAAGCAUAUGUGGAUUUUGUUUAAAGCAGCUGAGUGUGCAUAUUUUUGGAUACGGUUGUACCGAAAGGAAACGAGGAAACCCGUCUGAAUAGCGAGGAAAAAAUACCGACAAUGUGCGGCGAUCUUUAUUGCGGCGCCCCGUCGCGCUCUUAACCCGCAAUUUACCAUCGGAAAUUAAAUUGAAGAAGGUGGAAUGGGAAAGUUGCGUUUGGAAUGUCAGUAACUGAGUGAAUUUAGUUCAGCCUGAUUUUGCAUGGAAUAACGCAAUGCAACAAUGUCAAUAGAUGAAAAUAGAUGAAGAGAUAACUUAUAUUGCUUCUGUUAUGGAUGCAUAACAAUGUAUGCAUGUGUAUUCUGUCAUUCAUUGAUGUAUUCUGUGACCUCUGAAAGGGAUAAGCAUAAAACUUCCAAUGGCAUAAGAGGAAUAUUCCUAAAGGGCCGUUCACACCGAACGCGUUUUGCGUCCGUCUUUUCUAUGUAGACGCGUUUUUAGUCGCCGUUUCAAGUUAAGAAGAACUUCAGCUUGCCUCGAUUUGCGUUCUUUGGCGUUCGGUCUGAACGGCCCCCAAAGGUCAUUGCGUAUUGUCGGAGUUCGGUAUAUUAAAUUGGCUUGGGAACAUACGUGUGGUUGCGGUUCAACUGAUCGUUGAUGGCUUUUUUUAUUGCUCAAAGCGACUUGGAUUGGAAUUGCACUCCGCCGUCUGAUCGGAUGGGAUUGAACUGCCUGAUUUACCGUUUACAGCAUCGCCAAGAAGACGGGACGCAGGAGUCUCUUGUGUCUUUGGACCUGAACUGUUUUGAGCAUUCGGGUCUUAUAUUUGGACCUGGGAUAUAAACCGUACUGUGUGUAUUUUCCGCCCCCUGGAUUCGACCGCAUCCUGUGUCAUAUAUGCCUGCGUAAGGAUUGAGCAGGCAGGCAUGCAGCUGAAUCGACCCAAGAGCGCUCAUUUGAUCACCUCCAGUCCGCACAAUUCGUCCUCAUAUUCCAGCCAGUUCAAAACCAUGCGCUUCUCAUACCACAUCGGCAGCGGUUUGCCGAGUCCUCAGCCUGCCCUGCGCAGAACAGGGCCCUCUGCGUCCAGUCCGCAGCUUCUAACCAAGAGUCUGUCACUUGACCCAGGCCCCUGUCUCGGAGCCCACGAGACCUCUCAGCGCCUCUGCUCUGACCCUGGACCCCUGGAUUCACAGCACUGCAAUGGCACAAGUGACAGCGGACCUCAGGAUGUCCCGCCUCCACCCCCCAAAACACGCCCACCUUUACCUGGGCCAAAGCCUCAAGUGCCCCCAAAACCACCUCAUCUACAGCAGCAGAGUGCUCGACGACCACGUACCCCAGACAAGCCACUCCCCCCACCACCCUGCCGCCCACUUCCCGCUGACCCUCGCCAAUCACGCACCACUUUACCAAGAGCAGAUGGAAGCUCCUCCCCCACUUGUGUCCUUUCGCUCAUCGAGAAGUUUGAGAGGGAGCAGAUCAUUGUGGUGCCAGAUAUCACCGGAGGAGUGAUGUGCACCCCACGAGUCCCCGAACCGCAGGCAGCUGCAGGGGCAGGUAGCCCCAUACCCUCGGAGUUCAUCUUACCUUGCACCUCCCUUGAAGCACCACUAGAGGCGCCGCUGGCAGAAGCAGAGAAAGAAGAAAAGGAUGAAACAGAGGUGGAUGAAACUGAAGAAGACGACAGCGAACUCGGAGCGUCUUGCUCAGAAAAGCGUCUUUCUAUGGAAUCAGGCUACGGUGCUUGUGAUAAACUGCUGGACACUAUGGAAAUAAGGGACCUUACGACCAACCAAUCAGAAAUCCCUUCUGACCGCUUGUCCCUCCCACCAUCCCAGAUGGAUGGGAAGCUGGCCAAUAGGGAUAGUGGUAUUGACAGCAUCAGUUCGCCCUCGCACAGUGAGGAGUUGUGCUUUGUUGGGGACGAGGAUCGCAUCGGCCAUGAGAGGGACAUUUGCCCGUGCAGCCCAGGGCCCGGCCUCUCUUGUGGCUAUGUGGAGGGGCCCGAAGGAGAGGGGGCCAGUGGUGUAGAGGGUGGCAGAGACUCAGAGGGGGACAGUGAUAUGGAGGAAGGUAGUGGGGAUGAAAGUGAAAUGAAUCCAAUGGCUCUACAACCUCUCCCUAAAGCUGAGAGACAAGACUCCACUGAGCUGUCAGUCCAGCAGCGAGUGUUUAACAUUGCUAAUGAGUUGCUGCAUACAGAGAAGGCUUACGUGUCCAGACUGCACCUCCUGGAUCAGGUUUUCUGCGCUCAGCUGAUGGAGGAGGCUCGAACCCGCAGCUCUUUCCCCUGUGAGGUGGUCAUGGGCAUCUUCUCCAACAUCUGCUCUAUAUACUGCUUCCACCAGCAGUUCCUGCUGCCUGCACUGGAGAAACGCAUGGAGGAGUGGGACCUGUACCCCCGCAUCGGGGACAUCCUGCAGAAGCUGGCACCUUUCCUGAAGAUGUACGGAGAGUAUGUCAAAAACUUUGACAGAGCCAUGGAGCUGGUGAACACCUGGAUGCAACGCUCCUCUCAAUUCAAAGCCAUCAUUCAUAACAUCCAGAAAGAGGAGAUGUGUGGGAAUCUUACCCUACAGCACCACAUGUUGGAGCCUGUGCAGCGAAUCCCACGUUACGAGCUGCUGCUCAAAGACUAUCUGCACCGUCUGCCAGAGGACGCAGAUGACUUCAAAGAUGCGCAGAAAUCUCUGGAGCUGAUCGCCACAGCGGCAGAACAUUCAAAUGCUGCCAUCAGAAAAAUGGAGCGCAUGAGGAAGCUGUUAAAGGUGUACGAGUUGCUCGGUGGAGAAGAGGACAUCGUUAACCCGACUAAUGAACUUAUUAAAGAGGGACACAUCCUAAAACUGUCGGCCAAGAACGGCACUUCACAGGAUCGAUACCUCAUUCUGUUCAACGAUAGGUUGUUGUACUGUGUCCCAAAACUGAGGCUGAUAGGACAGAAAUUUGGUGUCCGAGCACGGAUUGAUGUCGACGGCAUGGAGCUGAAAGAGACCAGCAGCAUGAACGUAUCGCGGACGUUCCUGGUAUCCGGAAAGCAACGGUCUCUAGAGCUGCAAGCAAGGACGGAGGAAGAGAAGAGAGAUUGGAUUCAGGCAAUUCAGGCCACUAUACAGAGACAUGAACAGACGCUAGAAACCUUCCGAAUGAUCAACUGCUCGUUUCGUGAGGAGGACUUCACUCCUCCAAAUUCUCCGAAUUGCACAGAGCUUGGAAAGCGAGCGCCCACUCCGAUCCGAGAGAAAGAGGUCACACUGUGUAUGAAGUGUCAGGAGCCGUUCAACUCUAUUACCAAACGACGACAUCACUGCAAAGCCUGCGGUCAUGUGGUGUGUGGAAAGUGUUCGGAGUUCCGCGCUCGUCUGUUGUACGAUAACAACCGAGCCAACCGUGUGUGUAUAGACUGCUAUACAAUGCUGGUUGGAGUGCCGCCCUCUCCGGCCAGUCUGACCAAUAGCACACAGAGGCGUCGCUCCAUUCUAGAGAAACAGGCCUCUGUGGCAGCUGAAAACAGUGUGCUAUGUAGUUUCCUGCAUCUCAUGGAGAAGGGAAGUGGACGUGGAUGGCAGAAGGCCUGGUUUGUCAUCCCUGAAAAUGAACCACUGGUGCUGUAUAUCUAUGGUGCUCCACAGGAUGUCAAAGCUCAGCGCAGUAUUCCCCUGAUUGGAUUUGAGGUGUCUCUACCUGAAACAAGUGACCGUCUAGAACGUCGCUACGCCUUCAAAAUGAGUCAGAGUCAUUUGACCGUUUACUUCAGUGCCGACAGUGAGGAGCUACAGCGACGCUGGAUAGAGGUUUUAUCAAGAGCUGGGAGGGGGGAGGAGUUGCAGUCAAAUGGUCCAAUUUCCGAGGCCCUCGAGGAAGAGGGGGAGGAGCUAGCGCCUGCGGGAGAAAGCACAUGA